UUAAUUCAGUAAAUAACAAUUUUGCAAAAGCCUGAUAAAGCCUGAUGUUGAUGACUCUGGGUUCUGUUCAUUUCUCUUCCCCAAGAUUCCUCAUUUAAGCUUCAAGACAUGGUUUUGCAGGAGGAUCCUGGAGGUUUGUAGGUGUUAGGUCAGUUCAGUGGUAGUGCAGUUUUAUUCUUCUCAAGGGAGAAUUCUCCUGGUUAUUCUUGGUAAGCUGCUAUUAAAAUAAAACCAGAAAUAAAAUCAGGUUUUGGUACAGCUGACUCCAGCCUUGGGUAGAAGGUUCUUUUUAAAGUACUUACUGGAAUUGACACAACAGAAGUUUAAAAAUAUAGUAAACCCUGUACCCAAGAAAGCAGCAACAAACCCAUUUGAGAUGAAAGGAAGUUCCUAAAAAAGACAGUUCCUAAAAAAAGCCAGAGGCAGCAAGACUCUGUGAUGCCAGUUUCUCAUUUGGAGGCUGUGGCUUGUUUUGUUUUUAGUGUCUGCUGCAUCAGCAAGAUGAAUGGGUAAAGCCUGGAUUUGGGCCUUGCCUGACCUGCCACCAGAUGAAAAUAAUGAGUUGCCCUCGUGCACCUACUGCAGUCAGAACAAGAUGUGAAUCCUGUUGCAGCUCUGUGAUAUGUGCUUUGUCAUUUGCUCUUGGUACAUUCCAGCAGGCUCGUGGAGGCUGUUGCAGCCCACAAACUCACCACAAGGCAAGCACUACUUGCUGCAUCCACUUUGGCACAAAGUGACUGGUCAGCAGUCAGUAUUUUUUACUUUGGUGAUUUUUUUUUUUUUUUAAUAGUGGAAGGAAUAUUUGUUGUGGUUUCUCUGGCUUCAGAUAAAUGAGUGAGUGAUCCAGUCUGGUUGCCUUCAUUUGGAAGUUUCACACUCCUGCACCCAAGGAUGGCUGAUACUGUGUCCUUGUGGUCAUCUCAGCCAAAGAUGGGUGGUAUGAUGGGUGUACUGCAUAUUGAAGGUGUUUGCUUAAAGAGACAUUAGAGGAGCUGAAGUCCAUCAUCAGACCAGCCAGCUGCUAUCCCCAGAGGAGUGUUGGCAUUCCUUGCUUUUCACUGCCAUCCUUCUUCACUUUGUUAACCUGUGUAGUGGAAAUCUGGAUUUUUGUUAUGCAUUUUUCAGUCAGUGUCUGGGGAGAGAUAAAGGAGGAGGUGUAUUUUUCAGGCUUCUACAGUAAUACUGUGUGGCACUGUAUCUCAUUAAUGUUUUUUGUUUGUGCUUUUUGGUGAGGCAGUUUGAGAUUCUGCUCUGCUGCAGGUAGUUCAGCAGUGUGUCCAAGGCAGUGCAGUGUUUGAGUCUGGCAGUAAUUUCCAGGGUAUACCUUGAGGUAUGGCAACAGCCAGCGGUGGCAUGGAAUAAGAGCAGAUGAAGUGUUGUUUUUCAGGGCUGACAAGGUGCUUGGAUUCUUGCUGUGCAAACAGAGAAAAGUGGCUACCCUCUCUCUCCUCCUAAUGCUGGUUCAGAGUGACUUGCAUGUCAUUCUAUUUGAUCAAACCCCCAUCAGUCUAGACCUCAGGAGUCCCUCUCAUCUCUUGAGUGAUCCAUGUGUGUGCCAUUUUAUAGAGUGGCUGAAGUACCUUCUCCACCCAACAGCGCUGAUAACAUUCCAGGCAGUUUCAACUCUGUUUUAUAGCCAGAAAAAGUCUUUGACACGUGUUCUGAUGAAGAAAUGUCUGUCCUUGAAAACAUAAGCCCUCUCUUCCCAGUCUCUUGUUUUUUUUCUCUUGCUGAUGCUGUGAGGAGCCUGAGUAGUGAAUAUAACUUCUUUCUCUAUAAACUUUUCCUUCUUUACUUUGUCUUUUGAGAGGUGGGUUUAAUGGAAAAAGGCUACAAAAUUUGCAUGCUGUUUUAUUAGCUAUGAACAGGUAACCAGGGUAAAUCAACUGACCACAGUGGUGGAGUGGAUUUAAUAUUAACCUGCCAGUUACUGCAUGCAAGUUCUCUUUAUUCAAAGUCACAAUUCCUAGUCUUAAAAGAAUAAGAAGCAAAAAGGCACUCUUGUGCUACCAUAGUUAGUGUAGCAAUGGAUUUUUCCAUCCCCUGUGUGUUGCUCCAGGCUUUUCCCACAACUUCCCACAAAUUUAUGUGUUGAGAUUAUUUUUUCUGGUUUAAGUUCCAUAUUUUUGAUAAUCAGUGUAUUGUAGGAAAGUGUGUACUUGAAACUUGUAUAACACUGUUCUUUCCAGCAAGUGACCUGUUUGUGUCCUGCUUGGCCUGCUUCUGGUCUAGCUCUGAUGCUUUACCAGUGCUGGCUGAGCAGCUUUUUUGCUGAUCAGCUGCUUAACAGGUUUCACUACUUAGAGCUCGUAAUUUCAUUUUUUAAGGGAGAGUAGUGAUGCCAGUGCAUUUUUUAGUAUAUUGGUUGAUACUAUCCAGGUUUGCUGUAAAUGUCUGCCUCCCACUGAGACAGAAGCACACUGUUUAUCAGAAAUGUCUAGACCUUUUGUUAAUGGACAAUUCACCACCAUUCUUUGCCUUGACUCCAGAAAUUAAAAUUACUUUAGUUUUCAAUUGUCUUGAUAGGUGUGUUUCCCAUCUUCAGUUUCUGACAAACACACAAAUCUGUUUCUGUGCUUGGAUUGCUGUCAGGGAAUAUGACAAAAACUGGUCUUGAGUAUCAGUAAUUGUUUUGGGUGUUCCCUUUCUCCUGGAGCAAUUGUGAAAUUUUCAGUGGGACAGUGCCUCCAUCUUUUGUUGUAAAGUCAGGACUAUAAUCAUUGUUCCACCAGCUGAAUGAAGAAUGUGAUGAUUUUUUUUUUUUUUUAAAGUGGGUAGCACGUGCCUGAUUUGAACUGCCUCUAUGAGCUGCUUAGCAGGAGCCAUCCUGUCUCCUCGUCUGGUUGGUGUUGGAGACACUCUUUGUUUCAUUCUGUUGUGCAGUUCUUGUGGCAGUGGGCUGGUCAGCCCUUCCUUGGAGGAGGGAGCUCCAUGAAUGUCGCUGGACUGUGAGCUAACUUCAGGUUCAAGGGUUCAUGGCAGUCUGGUUUUGAAUUUGUAACCUCCUCAGGGUGUUUGCCUCUAAACACUCUUGUUACUAGUCCAUUAAACUCUGAGAUCUUAACAAGCAGUUCAUCUUUUCCUAGAAGACCUCUCCUGAAAAUACAGUGUCACUGCUGUCCAUGGACAGAACUGUGUGGCUCCUCAGUGAUGUUUCAGAGAAGGGUUUUAGCAAACCUUCCUCGGCAUUAAAACCAGGAAAUGGACACCUGAUGUACAGUAACCUUUGACACUGUUUCUCUGAGGUGCUCAUCUGUUGCUGGGAAUGUUGUCUUGGCUGAAAUCUGAUAUGCAGCUGGUGCUAACAGCCAAACACAAAAUGUUAGCAACACGCACUGUGGAAGACCAGUGCAGUAACUUUCCUCAAGAUCCACAGAUGCACACAGAGCUUGGAAAUACCACUAAAGCAUCAGCAGCUUGGAUUUCAGUUUGUUAGCAUCCCCAGAAUAAUGCAGAGAAAGUUUCAGUUGGACACAAAACUUAUUAAAUGCUUCAAAGUCCUGUCUUCUUUUUCUCCUGAAGCAGACUCGGGCAAGUUGUGGCGAUGUGCUUGUGAUGGAAACAGUCUGGUGCUAUGAGCACACUCAGUAACUUGCCAGUUUCACUCAGUUCCAAAAUAAAUGCUGCUUUAAAUCAUUCUGAAGUUGCUCAUAGGAGAUAGGAUUGUCCCAUACUUCUGGGACAUUAAACAUUAUAACCAUGUCUACAUGAUUAUAAACAUGAGUGAAUUUCUUUAUAGCUUGUUAAUGGCAUCCUGGAGUUUCACCAAGCAACUUAAAACCAAAUCCAAAUGAACUAACAGAAAGGUUUGUUUGAAUAUUACUGAUGACUUUUCUUCAUUCAUAAGGGUAGAAAACUUCAAGUCAGAAGAGCAUUUGCAUAGUGGAUGUUUUUAGGAUAACCUACAACAAUUUUUAAAAUUGUAUUUUCAGAAAAUAUAAAAAAUCUUAUCUUGAUAGUUAAUACUUAAGUAUCUGAGUUUGAAAUUAAAUUGAGUAUUUACUGCUAGCAAAGUGUAUAAGGCUUGCUUCCAUAAUCAUUUCAGGCAGCUGUUAUACUGCCUCUCCUCCAGUGGAAGCAUAUUCAAGGAUGCCUUUGUUUCAGCAGCAUUUUGUUUAGCUUUGUUUUCAUGUGAGUUACACAAAGCUUUCUUAGAAACAGCCUUUUGUACUUUAAAAAGGGAAUGAGUCUGAAAUAGUUUUUGAUUAUUAGAAUUUGUUGUGUGUAGUUGUACUUUGAAGCUGGAAAGUGUUUAUGUUCUAGGAAAUGCAUCCUUAAAACCAUUUUCUCUCCCAUAAUUGUGCUAUUUAAGCAAAUAAUCUUUUAAAUAGAAAAAUAGGUGAGAAUGUGUUUGGGGUUUUGAGUUGAAUUGUAGUAGCAGGUGUAUGAGCAUUGAAAUGUUCCAGGUAACUGGAUUCUACUUGCCAGUGGAGACCAGGCUGUGGCUGUGAGCAGGGUGUUUCACUGUCAGUGUGAUUUCAGAGACAAGGGAGGCUUUCAUAUUUUGGCUUUUAUUGUUAGGCUGUUUUGGAUUCUCUUUCAUUUACCAGAAUGUUUUAGGGUGAUACAUAGCACUUGCACACCUUUGUUUUCUGGAGGAAAUUUAUUCUCUCGGGCAUCUCUUAGUGAGAUCUUAUCAGAAUAGACACCUUGUGCUUUGUGAGAACAAUUUGUCCUUUUAAGUACAGGGGUAUGAUACAGAGCAGUAGUUAUGUUAUGGAGAGACUGCCUUUGAAAAGAUGAAAAACAUGUUGAAAGGAGGUAAAAACGUCACUUGACUUGCUGGUGAAAUACUGAAGCAUAAUGGUCUGUUACCAAUCAGUUAGACUCAUUAACAGUGAAAGGAGAAGAAAAAUGUGUUUCCAUGGAACAUAAUAACUGCUAGGCUGAUAAAUAUUUUCUCCCUCCAAACACUUCUGGUUUUACAAAACAAGCAGUGUUACACCGCCCACACACCCAUGGAGCUUAAAGUCCUAAAUACAGAAUUUGCCUUCUUUGUUUCAUUCCAGUUACUGUUGAGAAAAUGUAAAUCUGUGUGCAUCUCACUUUGUGUUUGCUGCUAAUGGCUGAAACCAAUCACAUUUAAAAUUUUUUUUGGUCUUAGCUUCCCCACAUUCAAAACAGAAGAAAGAACUUCCAAACUCUACCUGUAUAGUAAGAAAACCAAUUAUAAUCUGUAAAAUUCUGUAAGGAGAGCUGACUUUUCUUUCUUCAUAUUAGGGUAUUUGUAGCCUCCUGUCUCAAAGCAUGGUCUUGUAGUAUUUAAUAAAAUGAGAAUGAGCUAAUAAAUUACUGGAAGUUUUUAAAGAGAGCUCCAUUUUUGGAGUACAAAUCUGCUGUCACCUGAACAACAUUGAGGGGUAAUGGAAGCUUGUUGCCUAUCUAAAUCAGUUUUCAUUAAUACAUCAGAGUAAGGAAUUGGUUUUAUUUUUGGCAGGGAGGAGAAAAUCCAGUAAAAAAAUCAGACUGAGAGGUUGAAUUCACUAACUUACUUCCAGCCCUCUCCCUUUUCUUUCAUCAAAAAGGAUCAAGUUGUAAAAAACAAUUUGGGAUUAAGAUUUGUUUGCAAAAUAAUAAUAGCCUGCACUCACAGCAGUAGUAUUCAUUGGCUUGGCUACUCCAUUUUACUUUGUGGAAGUGUAAUUCAUGUGUUUUGCAUAUAGCAGGUAGGUGCAAGCGUAGGCUAAAGGGCAUUUCUAAUUGUUCCAUUCCAUCUUUUGCCAUUGAUACAACCAAAUCAUGAAACUGCUUUCAUAAAGACAAUGCUAUUCACAGUACUAUGCAGAUCUGGUGAAAAUUCUUUGCCAAAAUUCUUCUGUUGUUUCUAUUUUACUUUCUAGUACUGGAGAUCAAUAAUAUUAAAGACUGAAAUUUCUUGGGUUACAGGUGUUAAACAGGUACUGAAUUUUCCUUACAGCUGUAUGUCAGCAUGAGGAAAAGCUUCCUGCCACAGGAGAAGGCAGACAGGGAGCAGGAGUGCCCUGUAGCUCUGUGUUCCCAGCUGAACUACAGGGGGCAUAGGGAUGUAAAAUCUACUGGAAGCUGCCACUGCAGCUGAGGGUAUGCCUGAAAUGAUGAAGGGUUUUCAGCAUAAGCUGACAAUUUGAAAUCUGUCUGUUACUUUGAGAGAAUAGUCUUUUACUGGUUUUACAGAAUUUUGCAGGCUGAGUUUGAGAAGCUGUUGUUUAGGAUUAGGUAUCAGGGUCAAACAAGGAUGAGAUGUUUUCUUGGAAGAAGUUAAAUGCUUCACUGUACCCAUGUUUAUUUUUAGAGUGAAAUUGCUUUAUGACUUCCUAAUGAGCUUAAAAGUUGACAAGGAUUUGAGCUGUGUCUUGAAAUACCCCGAACAUUGAGAGAUGGCACAUUAGCUAGUCUGAAAUACAACUGUCCAAGCCACUGGCAAACAAUUUCACUGAGUGUACUGUUUGUCUGAUUAGAAUUGCUAUCCCCCUGGUUAAUAUUCACAGAAAGCAAAGUUUCUGUUUAAGGGUGCCCGAUGUUUUCUUAUUCGAGACGAGUGUGAAGAAAUACCAGGAGAUAUCCUGCCUUGCAUUUUGAAUUGUCAGGAGGAAAGGGAGCCACUGAUGUGUUGUGAUUGUUUGUGCUGCUUUCCCAUUGAUCAGCUAAAUUGACAAUCAGCUCCACUGUCCUGAGCAAUGUGGUUUAGAAUAACUAGAAAUAUGGGCUAUUUACCAGCAAAUAGCAAUAUCACUGAGUGUCAGUGCAGUUCAAAAUGUGGUUUAACAGCAAAUUUCCUGCAGGAAAAGGUCAAUCAUGCCUUCCUUGUACAAUACAAAUAAUCCUGUGAUGGGGUUAUCAUCUCUUCAAGACUCACAGGAAGACUCACUUGUUUUCCAAUGAGAUGCUGGGGUACUGUCCAUUUCCAUUUCUCAGUGUUUUCAGCCAUCUAAAACUGAAAGCAAAUGAAGAAUCCCAAGGGGACAACCUUCUUUGGCAGCUGAAGAUGAAUCAGUGUGUCCAGCAUGAACAGUCUUGUCCUAUUUCCUUGUCUUUUUCCACCUUAGAUCUAAUAGAGAUGGUGACAUCUGGGUUGCUGGUAGCAGCAGCGUAUCUCUGUGUGUGUGUGAACCUAACCAUUCUGCAUUUAAAAAGGAAAACAGAAACUUAAAGAACUGUUAAAUCUGAAUCAAAUACCUGUUAAAGCAUGUGAAAGUCCCCAUGUGCUUCUGAUUGUCCCAUCACAAGCUUGCUGAAAGUUUGUUUUUGUUAGUUUGUUUUCUCCAUUGAUGUAUCUUAUUUGUUUGGUAUCAGGCUGCUUUUUGCCAUUGGAUUUGUAUUACUGUAAGAAAAUACAGAAGUGAGAUUUAAAGAAAGCGUCAAAGAAAGACAAAUGUUACUUUGAAAAAUUCUAAAAUUCUGUGAAAUUUAGGUAUGUAAGCAAAUUUGACACAACUUGUCAUGUAUAAACUUCUGAGCAGGAAAGGUGGAGUAUUUUGGAUGCAAAUAAGUAAUGGACAUUUUGGGAUAACUGGACUAUGAUCACUUUGUACAUCAGCAAUCCUUAAAAGAUCAAUUAAGUGUUGUGCUUUCUAUUGGUACCAUUCAACAAAUGAAACAUUUUAUUUAAUGAAUAAAUGAAGAGGGAAGUGACUUAAUAGUUUUUUUUAACUCAGGUCAUGAGAUGAGGUGGUCACUGAAGGUCUGAGUACUCUUGUUUGUUUUCUCAGUAGUACACUUUAUUGAAGACUGUUGUCCAUCAUUAAUUCUUCUUUAAGUUGCUGAAGGUAGGCUUGGUCCCAUGCUCUUGUAAGUCCUUAAAGGCUUCCACUAUUUUCAGCAGCCUCUGCUUGCUCUUUGUAUCACCAGUAACACCCAUUAACUGGCAAAGGGUCUCUGUGGGACUGAAGGUACUUCUAAAGGUAAAAAGGGAAAUGCAGUAUUUGCAAGGAUCUAAAAUACCUUGCAGAACUUGCCAGGAGUUUCUGCACUUACAUACCUCAACUGCUUUCUUAAAAUCUAUUCAUUGCCUUUUUUUUUAAUGUCCUCUUUCCGUCAGGACUCUAUUAAGUGGCUUCCCAAGUCUCCUAAACUGUACAGUGGCCACAACUGGAGCUCCCAGGGCUCUCGCUGGGCCUCAUUGAAAGGGAAGGAAGGUUUUCCUGGUGGUAACCUGUACAAAUUCAGCUCUGCUAAUGGAAAAUGGAGAGAAGGAAGGAUCAGUCCCGAGCAAGAAGCAGAGGAACUCGAGGAUCCUGAUGAUGAACCCAUUUCCAAGUUUUCCGGCAGCCUUUUUGAUAGCAAGGAAAGCCUGCGAGAUCAAAGAAAUACCAGAGCAACGCUUCAAGAAAAGCACAAGCUGGCCAUGAAAGGGAAGGCUCCUCCAGGAUCUACCAGCUCUUCCAGGGUGCAGCCACCCGUGUCAGCAGCAGGCAGCUUCCCCAGCCAGAGCGGCCGGGCUGCUGAGGAGCUGCGGGUGCUGGAUGUGCCGCAGCCCCCGCUGAAGGUAACCAUUACUGUGUGCAGUCAAAUGGGGAGCCUUGGUAUUAGCAUUGCUGGUGGAAAGGGCUCAUCUUCAUGUAAAGAAAGCGAUGAGGGGAUCCUGAUUGCACGGCUGCCAAAAGAUGGUCCACCAGACUUGGCUGGUGUACAAGCAGGAGACAGAGUGGCUGAGGCAACCUUUGUUUCAGAGCCUGCUGCCCUUAAUGCUGGUCCUACUGAAGCUUCCCCCAAGGGCAGCCCCUCCCCGACAGUCAACCAUGUCAUAACAAUACCUCGGAUAAUCCUCACGCGCCCGUCCACUUCCGAUGAAGAUGCCGACCAGUUGCCCCCAGACCCUGAGGACUUUGAGCCCGAGGAGCCUGACAGCACAGAAGGCCAUGCCUAUUCAGACUGUCUGAGCAGUGCUUUCUAUCCUCCCUAAUAAAGAAAGUACUUUUCUGGCAGGAGUCCAUGGGUGGUUUUCUUUCCCACUGUUUGCUUACAUUUAAUGUAGUACUUGAACCGCUAUGCCUUAUUUAUAGUGAAAACCAUGACGCGGAGGAUGGAUUUGUGGGGAGAGCCCUGCUUGUAUUUCUUUGCCUUGAACUUCCUUCAGCAAGAACUUGUGAACCUGAAAUGAAAUGCACUGGGUCAAGUUUUGGGAAUAUCACCACAUGUUUCAGCAGCCACUUGUAAAGGUACCCUGCAGCACCUAAAUGUAAUGGAGAAAAAAGCAGGUGAUUUUUAUUCAGAAGGUACUUUACCCAUUUGGAAACUCACUGAAAACAAUUGUAUAGUUGGGUGGGAUUUUUAAAAUCUUGUGUCCAUGAUUUGUCUAUACAGCUCAUCCUUCUCUCUCCCCCCAGGUUCCUUUGAUUUGUCCCUUUUAAUGUCAUUUUCUAUGAGAAUUUAAAAAACAAAAAAUCUCUCUUUAAAUAGUCCUGUUUUGUUUUGUUUUUUUUUACCCACUGAGUAAUGUUAUCUGUGUUGGAAUUCUGUAUCUCAUUUUAUUGUAAUAAAGAACAGUUUCUCCAGUUAUAUCA